AUGGUGGAGCUUCAGUCCUGCGCUGGCUUGGUCAAUGCUUCUGCAUUGUGUGCUAUAGAGCAAGAAGUGCAAGGGGAGGGCAUCAGUGUUAUUGCUGAGAUUACUGCCGAGUUACAAAGGGAAAGACGGAAGAAUGCCGAGCUUUUGGAGAGAAUAUCAAUUCUUGAAGCUCAAAUACAGGAAAGAAAAAAACUAUCUCUUCCUACAGAUGGACAAGGCGGUUGUCCCAAUGCAAUGGAAAGAAGCAUGAAGAAGUUAAAAAGACAGAAAACAGAACGGAGUGCUGGAACUGAGAAUGGAAACAUUAGCAAAAGUGAAAUGGCAACACAGCAGACGCAUGACUCGCAGUGUUCACCCCCGGGAGAGGCUAGCCUAGAAGACUGCUUGGUUAGUUGGAUGAGAAAGGAUGAGAACCAUUUUUUUCAUUAUGAAAAAUUUAAAGGUGGUGAUUCAACAGCAGACUGUGAUGAUACAGAUGAUAGUGAUGAUGAAGAUGAUGAUUAUCAUGAAGAGGAUGAUAUUAACAGUGGCCAUAAAGUUGGGAAUAUUGAUGAGACUUCAAUAACUGCUAUUGAACAGAAAGAAUAUCCUCAUGAAGGUGGUGAUGAGGGAUUGGUUAUACCAUGUUUGGAAAGUUCCUCUGGUGUUCAGCUUGAGCCAACAUUUUCAAUUGUGAGCCAAGAAACGAAUGAAAACCAAAAUGAAAAUGGUAUGGCACCUGAUACACAGCCAGGUUAUGAUAAGAGGGAACUCAAAAGACUUGACAGGAAAGAGACCAAAAAUACUGAAGGACAUAAAGAACUAUCGGAGUUGCUUAGUUUUGAUAAAGAGAAAAAUGCUCAGUCUCACACCAUAAGAAAAAUUAUAGUUUUUGCAUCUCUCGGUAUAAGGCAUGGAUGUGAAGAUAUGUAUGAGUUGGACUUCAAUCAUUUUAGCAUUCUGAGGAAGGGAGAACCAUAUGUAUCUCCCACAAAUCCUGGGAGGAUGCCCAUGGUUGGUUGGCUUCUAGGUUUCUUAAGUUCUUUCCUUAAUAAUCCUCUGUCAAUCAAGGAAACCACUAACUUAUCUUAUCAUCAGGAGCACGCUUUAUAUGAGAAUCCUGGUGUUCGGAGAAAGGUCUUUUAUACCAAUCGACAGAAUCCAACAUUAUGUCCUGUUCAAGUACUUGAGGAAGAGAAGGCUAUGCGACCGUCUGAUGCUAGUUGCCCAUCCUGCCUAUUUCUUUGUAUCAAGUAUGGUGGAAGAACAAGAAAUCUUCCCCAAAAUGAAUAUGUUAGGCAGCGGAUGGGAAGAAACAAGCUGAAGUCUUUUGGCCCACUGAUGUGUCGAAUAGCAAUGCUAGUUCAUAUUCGCAGUGGGAGCUUCUUCUUCAAGGCCUUAGGCAUCACACUUCUGUUCAUGGCUGGUUUUCCUGACGACCUGGUUCAGAGGGAAACAAAAUACCGGAAAUUGGACUUACUACAAAAAUAUUACAGGAUAAUUUCUCAAGUCGUUGCACAGCCAGCCUUCCUAUACCAUUCCUGUUUAGAGGACAACAGGGAUAACUACAUUUCUGACGGUACAUUUAAGGCAAAUCUCAAUCACCUCCUCCACUCCAUAUCCAACACCAGUAACGAAAUUAUCAACGACGGAUUCUACAGCUCUUCUUAUGGCCAGAACAUCAACGCAGUACACGCAAUUGGACUCUGUAGAGGAGAUGUUCAUCUGGAUGUUUGCCGCGGUUGUCUCUACAAUGCUAGUUACCUUCUCCCUGAGCUCUGUCCCGAUCAUAAGGAGGCAAUUGGGUGGAGCUUGCUGGAAGGGCUAAGAAGUCUAGCUGCCGCACCCUAUUCUCUUAGUAAGUUUGCAUCAGGGGAUGCAGACGUAUCAGACCUCGAAACCAUAUUUGCACUCGUGCAAUGCACACCUGAUUUAUCUGAACAAGAAUGCAACGAUUGCUUGCUUGGGGCAUCUGAAGGUAUUCCACGAUGUUGUGAUGGGAAGAAAGGUGGAAGAAUUGCUAGACCCAGCUGUGAUAUCAGGUUUGAGGUCUACCCCUUCUAUAACUAUACAACUAAUUUGCUACCCCCUACUCGUUUCCCAACCCCAACUGAACAGCCCAGGUCAGGCCCUUAUGAUUAUCCGCCAAACCCAAGUACUGAGCGGCCCUUGUCGCCUACAAUUAGAAAAGUUGUAGUUUUGGCAUCUAUUACUUUUCUGGGACUAAUCUCGUCCAUCACUGGCAUCUAUAUAAGGGCGAAGCGGGGAAGGAAGAAAGUUGACAAUGAGAUAAUUGGAUCCAUAGAUUCCAUACUAUUCGACUUUGACAAUAUUAAAGUUGCCACGAACAACUUUUCCGAAGCAAAUAAAAUCCGAGAAAGUGAAUUUGGUACUGUUUACAAGGGUAGGUUCUCUGAUAAAGUCAUUACCGUAAAAAGGCUUUCAAUGGAUUAUGGACAAACACGUCUAGAAUUUGAGAAAGAGGCCCUCUCGCUGACUAAACUUCAACACCGUAAUAUUGUUAAGCUCCUAGGCUGUUCCAUUCAAGGAAAUGAAAUACUUCUAAUACAUGAUUUUGUUCCAGAUACAAGCCUUGAUCACUACCUGUCUGAUCCGCUCAAGCUUGCAACUUUGGAUUGGGAAAUGCGCUACAAAAUCAUAAGAGGCAUUGCACAAGCGGUUCUUUACCUUCAUGAAGAAUAUAACCUAUGUUUGAAUCACGGUCUUGAUGCUAGUAACAUAUUUCUGGACGAAGAAAUGAAUCCAAAGAUUUCAGAUUUUUGCUUGAAAAGUUUGCAUUCAUUGGAUCAAAUUCCCGAGAAUACUAGUAGAAUUGGGAGGACCAACGGAGCUUCAGAUGUGAUGCACAUGCCGUUGAUCUCAAUGAAGUCCGAUGUCUUUAACUUUGGUGUAUUAGUCUUGGAGAUGGUGUGCGGGCAGAAGAACAAUUGCUUUCGAAAUGAGGGGAAUGCGGACAAUCUUUUGAGCUAUGCUUGGAAAAACUUCACUGAAGGAACCGCUUCAGAUAUUAUAGAUCCCACAAUAUUGAUGCCAGAUGGCUCAACAUCUGAAAUAAUGAUCAACUGCAUCGUCACUGCCUUACUCUGUGCUGAAGCAAAUGAAGCUGAUAGACAAACCAUGGCUUCAGUUGUUACCAUGCUCGACGGUUUUGACAAACAUGGAAGCAUUGAAAUCGAAAAGCCUUUAUUUGAGGAUGAUAAUCAUAGAGUGUCAGAUAGGAGAACUUUCCGUCAGAGGGUCCGGAGAUUGUUUUGGAAGAAAAAAGGCUUUCGAGUCCUGGAAUCAUGGUAGACAACGCUGAUCUGAGCCACCAUAUAUAUGCAUCGGACGCAUUCUGAACUUUUGAAUUCUCCCAAUUAUUCCACCAUAUAGAGCAUUAGGUAGGAUGAAUACUUGCCACAAUACUAUUGACUUCAAUUUCUUUGGAGUUGAACAUGUUAGACCCUCUUGCUUAUCAAGUUUUGAUAAGAUUUUAUCUGUUAAGAAGCUUAAAUUUAAAUUUAAACUGGGUAUUAAGAGUUUCAUUUUGAACAACCAGUAAUGAAUAAGUCUUAUCCUAUUCAUUACUUGAUGGGAGGAAUAAUUUAAGUCUAACUCAUAUAGAGGGUCCCUGGCCUAGCCUAUAAAUAGAGAGCCUGUGUACACCAUCAGUAUGAUAAUCAAAAGGCGUAGCCUAGAAGAUUCUCUUCCUACUCAAAUAUUUCUUUCUUUUUAAGUAGGUUUUCUUUUAGGCUCUUGUUGUUCUUGAAUCACCAUGACAGGAAGUAUGCAAUUUAUUAUUUCCGUUGUUGUACAUUCUGUAUUUUAUUAUUCUUACAUGUGGUAUCAGAGCCACCUUCAUGCCUAUUGAUUAAGAUUUUUGAGAUACAUGUAUUUUCUCGUUUUAGCAUGAAAAUCUAAUAUUAUUGUGUUUUCA